AAGAGUUUCUAUGCGCACCGCUGCAUGUGAGCUUGGCGGGAUUGAGUUUAAUUCUGAGCUGGCUGUAACUGAAUAAACUGCGAGGACCAUCUGUUCCAUCAUGCCGUCCAGCCUGGGCCCCAGCAGUGUGGCAGCAGCGCUGCAAGAGGCUCUGGAGAACUCGUCUCGACUAAUUGACCGCCACCUUCAGGAGGACCGCUGUUUUCCUGACCUGUCAGAGUUGCUCAAUGUUCCAUCACACAAUAUGCCCUCACUGUCUGGUGUGUCAGACAUGGAUUACCCUCUACAAGGGCCCGGACUCAUCAGUGUGCCCAACUUACCAGAGCUGAGUGCUGUUCGCCGAGUCCCUCUGCCUCCAGAGUUAGUGGAGCAGUUUAGCCACAUGCAGUGCAAUUGUAUGAUGGGAGUUUUUCCUGAGAUCAGCAGGGCGUGGCUUACAAUUGAUAACGAUAUAUUUAUGUGGAACUAUGAAGAUGGGGGAGAUGUGGCGUAUUUUGAUGGGCUCAGUGAAACUAUCCUGUCUGUCGGGCUUGUCAAACCAAAAGCAGGUAUUUUCCAGCCUCACAUACACUACUUGUUAGUGCUGGCCACGCCUGUGGAUGUGGUGAUCCUGGGAUUAAGCUUCCCCAAAGCUCAGACAGGGUUAAAUGACAGCAUGUCUGGUGCCAUGCAGCUUCUCCCCGACCCGCUAUACUCCAUUCCCACAGACAACACCUACAUGCUGGCCAUCAACUCCACAGACUUGGGGCGUAUUUUUUUGGCAGGAAAGGAUGGCUGCCUCUAUGAAAUCGCCUACCAGGCUGAAGCUGGCUGGUUUAGCCAAUGCUGCAAGAAGAUCAACCACUCCAAGAGCAGCCUGUCUUUCCUUAUUCCUUCUCUUUUGCAGUUUUCUUUCUCUGAAGAUGACCCUGUUGUUCAGAUCGCUAUUGACAAUUCACGUAACACCUUGUACACAAGAUCAGAGAAAGGUGUACUGCAGGUUUAUGAUUUGGGUGCUGAUGGACAAGGAAUGAGUCGAGUUGCAGCCAUGUCACUGAAUUCUAUUGUUUCAGCCGCCGGAAAUAUUGCCAGGACUAUAGAUAGAUCAGUCUUCAGACCUAUCGUCCAGAUUACCAUUAUUGAUCGUUCUGAGUCAUCAGAUUGCCAGCUCCUGGCCAUCACUCAUGCUGGUAUACGUCUGUACUUCAGCACCACUCCGUUUGCUCCACCCAACGCCAGACAGAGCACAGCCCGGCCCAGCCUCCUUUCUCUUGUUCAUGUACGACUGCCUCCGGGCUUCUCAGCCUCCUCUACUGUGCAAAAGCCCACCAAAGUGCACAAGGCUCUCUACAACAAAGGUGUUUUGUUGAUGGCAGCAUCAGAGACGGAGGACAGUGAUAUUCUGUGGUGUAUUAACCAUGACUCCUUUCCCUUCAAAAAGCCACUGAUGGAGGCCCAGAUGACAUCCAAUGUCGACGGACACUCAUGGGAGCUCUGUGCCAUUGAAGAGACUAAAGUGCCCAAAAUUGUCACUCCAUUAAACAAGGACCUUAUUCCAGUGACCGAUUCACCAGUGGUGGUUCAGCAGCACAAUAUCCCACCUCAAAAAUACAUCCUUCUGUCCGCACAGGGAAGUCAUAUAUUCAAAAAAUUUAGACCAGUUGACCAGUUGCGCCAUCUGCUGGUGAACAGUGCUGGUGGCGAGAGUAAUGAAAUAGAGAGAUUUUUCAAGCUGCACAGGGAGGAGCAAGCCUGUGCCACAGCUUUGAUCCUGGCCUGUUCCAGUGCUGCCAGUGAUCGAGAGGUUUCAGUGUGGGCCACCCGAGCUUUCUUCAGGUAUGGCGGAGAGGCCCAAAUGCGAUUCCCCUCUGCUAUGACUGCACCAAGCAAUGUUGGGCCGCUCUUUGGCUCUCCUGUACCAGGAUCCCCAGUGCCAGUUGGUAGUCCCUUUCCUAAUCCUAGUUUCCUAGCUACACCAGCUCCAGGCAUGCCAUUUCCCAGUGUGUCUACUCCCUUCAUCCCUGCCACUCCCAUGAGCCUUGGCACUGCUGCCAUGCCUGUGGUCUCCUCUGGUCCCGAGGUUCUGUUUUCCGGGAAGCACAACGGCAUUGUUGUAUAUUAUGCUCGAAUACUUGGCAACAUCUGGGAUGGAAGCCUGGUAGCGGAGCAGCCGAUCAGUACAGGAAGCCAGACCGUGACUGUUAUCGAGAGCACAGUAAGCUCAUCUGACCUGGAGGCAGUUCUGCUGGAGCUUCAGGGCCUAAAGGAGUUCAUUGACAAGAACUCGCAGUUCAGCCCCACCUCCUUAGGGGCAACCAGUUUCAACUCGCCAGCAAAUCUGCAGCAAAGGCUGCUGGGAUUCAUGCGUCCUGACGGCGCCAGCUCUCAGCAAGUCCAGCAAGAACUACAGAGGAAAUACCACACUGAAGCUCAGGCCUAUGAGAAGGCGUCUCUGCAGGGUGUUCAGCAGCUGGUGCACCGCUCAUAUCAGACUCUGGCUCUCUGGAAACUUCUGUGUGACCAUCAAGUCAGCCUCAUUAUCACAGAGCUACCCAAGGACUUUCAUGAGCAGCUCAAGACAAUCAGCUUCAAGGACUUGGUGAUCUGUGGCCGUGAGCUAACCGGAGCUCUUAUCACAGCCCUAAUUAAUGUGUACAUCAAAGACAGCGCCUCUGUAGAUGCCAUCAGCUCCCUCCUGCGAGACAUUUGCCCUCUUUUGUAUAGCAAUGAUGACAGCAUCUGCUCUAAGGCCAAUGAGCUGCUGCAGAGCUCGAGGCAGAUCCAGAACAAGGCAGAGAAGGACCGUACGCUUAAAGAGUCACUGAGACUCUACCAGCAGAUCAGUCAUUAUACAGACCUGCCGCUUGUGUGCUUUCAGUAUCGACAAGUGCGUUUCUAUGAAGGAGUUGUAGAGUUGUGCCUUACAGCUGCUGAUAAGAAAGACCCUCAGAGGUUGGGCCCCCACUUCUAUAAGAAUGGUGAGCCAGAGGAGGACGCAGUUGGCCAGCAAGCCUUCCAGGAAAGGUUGUCAUGUUACAAGUGCAUCUCGGACACCAUGCAGGAGCUGGUAAACCAAAGCAAAGCAGCUCCUCAGUCCCCCAGUGUGCCCAAACAACCAGGGCCUCCAGUCAUGACUUCUGACCCUAACAUGCUCAGCAAUGAGGACGCUGCAGCCCAUUUUGAGCAAAUGCUCGGCCUAGCUCAGAGGUCUCAAGAUGAGCUGUUCCACAUCGCACUGUACAACUGGCUAAUCCAGGCUGACCUCACUGACGAACUUCUGGAGGUUAACUCUCCAUAUCUGGAGGAUCAUCUAAUGCACAUGAUAAAGCAGGAUCAGAACAAAGUACGCAACAUGGACCUCCUGUGGCGCUACUACGAGAAGAGUCGCAGCUUUGGCAAGGCGGCUCACGUCCUGGCCCGGCUAGCCGACAUGCACAGCACAGAGAUUUCUUUACAGCAGAGGUUGGAGUACAUCUCCAGAGCCAUUCUCUCAGCCAAGAGUUCAUCCAGCAUCUCCUCGAUGGGAGCUGAUGGCGAGUUCUUGCAUGAACUAGAAGAGAAGAUGGAGGUGGUGCGGAUUCAGGUGCAGAUUCAGGAGACGUUGAGGAGGCAGUACUCCCAGCAUCUGUCUGUACAGGGGGCAAUAUCUCAGCUAGACUCUGAGCUAAUGGAUAUCACCAAGCUUUAUGGAGAGUUUGCAGACCAUUUCCGCUUGUCUGAGUGCAAGCUGGCCAUCAUUCAUUGUGCUGGCCACUCAGAUCCCAUCCUGGUACACUCAUUAUGGCAGGAGAUCAUGGAGAAAGAGCUGAGUGACAGUGUGGCUAUGAGUCCAGCAGACCGGAUGCAAGCUCUGAGUCUGAAAUUGGUCUCUCUGGGGAAGCUCUACGCAGGAACACCACGAUACUUUCCACUGGAUUUCCUUGUGAAGUUCCUGGAGCAGGAAGUGUGCAAGCUGAACUGGGAUGUGGGAUUUGUCACCUACACCAUGCAAGAAAUUGGCGUCCAGCUUCCACGUCUGCUGGAAGUCUAUGAUCAGCUCUUCAAGGCUCGGGAUCCAUGCUGGCAGCGACUAAAAAAGCCUCACCAUCUAGUCGAGUGCAUCCAUGUGCUCCUCUCUGGUUACGUUGGCGACCCAAGCAGAGUUCCAACCUAUGACAGACGGAGGUUUACCAACGUGUGCCUGGACAACAUCUGUGGCUAUCUGGUAGAGCUCCAGUCCCUAAGCCCCAGUGUCACCCUGGAGGAAAUUAUUAGAAACUUCAAAUCUCUGCAGGCCAAACUAGAGAAACUGCACUGAGAGUAGUAAGGAUUGUCUGCCAUCACAGUACAUGACAUGUACGCUCAAAUUACAUCCAGUCUCGGAUUAAAUAUAGCACUAAUGACAUAAAGCGACACAGACAUGCCAAGGCAGUAAAAGUUUACACCCUCAUACCUUUAAAUGAAUAAAAACAGCUACUAUUUAUACAA